AGUACCUUUGGUGGGACGCAUAAAUUGGCACGAAGAUUUCUGUAAACCCGUCUUCGGCCUGGGGCCCAUGCCAUGUUAAAACGUUCCUCGACUCCGAGUAACAGUUCUUUCCUAUCAAUCCUGCUCAGAUGCUGUUCAAACGAUAGAUUAUCAUAAUGAAGAAAUGUGAUGUCCGGAGGUUGCUUUUUGCAAUGUUGCGUGAAAGCGCCUAGGCGGAGACACUUAACUAGAGGAAAUUUGAGCCGGGUGAUGGCAAGCGUAACGGAGCACCUGCCAGUUCCCACACAAGAAGGGGGUGGCGUCUACGUGAAUGGCUUUCCUUCAGGUCCAAAGCCAUAUGAGGAAGUCCUUACAUUCCUGCGCAAGGGCACGGAGCUCCUUAAGUAUGGGCGCAUUGGAGUCCCUAAGUACCAUCCCUUCCGGCUGUCGAACGAUGACUUGGAGCUGCAGUGGGAAUCUAAAAAGGGUCUGGUGCGACGGGUGCCCCUGCAGCGGAUUACUCGGUGGCAGCGGGGCCAGGAGACACCGGUGUUUCGGAAGCACCCGCAGCCCAAGGCGGCCAACCGCUCCUUCUCAAUCUACUACAUAGACGCCAAGGGGCGGGAGCUGACGUUGGACGUGAUCUGCAACACGGUGAACGAGUUCGAGAUGUGGUACUGGGGCGUGCAGAUCAUCCGCUACUACCCGCCGCACACCUGGUCCGCGCCCACGCCCACGCAGCUGCCGGGCGCGCAGCCGUACAGCAGCUCCAUCGUGCCCGUACCCGUGGGCAGCCAGAACUCCGCACCGGCGCGGCAGCCCACACACGCGCCACCCGGCGUGGAGGUUCCGCCGGCUCGCGCGGCACCGGCUGAUGACCGGGUGCAGCGACCCACACCCAAGAUGAAAGCAGCAGCAGCCGGCCUGACGAUCUCCGUGGGCAGCCGCCCCGGCCCCGUGCCCGGUGCCCCGCUGGCCAUGCGUCGGGACCGGCGGGAGCUGGGGGACCUGUACGUGUGGGGCAGCCUGCUCACUCACGAGGACGACGAGUGGGCGGCCAAGAACCCGCCGCCGGGCCUGUACACGGAGGCCAUGCGCGAGUGGCAGCAGAGCAGCAAGCCGGUGCUGGUGCAGAACGCGGGCAGUGUGGACGUGGUGCGGGUGGCGUGCGCGCCGCGACAUGCGGCGCUCAUCACGCGCAAGGGCGAGCUGUACACAUGGGGCGUGGGCACGAAUGGCAAUCUGGGUCACGGCUGGUGCACCAACCACGCCAGUCCGCGUCUGGUCACGCGCAUGAGCGGCAAGGGGGUGCGCGCGGUGGCUUGCGGCGAGGGCGCCACCGCCGCCAUCUCCGCAGACAUGCAGCUCUUCAUGUGGGGGGCGGGCACGGCGGGGCAGCUGGGCAACGGCUACACCUUCCCCAUGGCGGAGCCGGCUCCUGUGGUCUUCCCGGGCAUGCGGGAGGGCGUCCGGGUCCUGGCGGUGUCUUGCGGCCCUUACCACACCGCGGCCAUCACGGAGGGGGGCCACCUGUUCACCUGGGGCAGCGGGCUGUUCGGUCGGCUGGGGCACGGCACACACGCGUCCGAGUACCGACCCCGCAGGGUUGCUGCUCUGGAGGACAUGUACGUGACGUGCGUCAGCUGCGGCUACUGGCACACGGCGGCGGUGGCGACACCCAGGAACAGCAUCACACGGGCGCAAUCCAACAACCAGGCUGACCUUCCCACACCGGCCUCAACGGUACCCAACUGUUUCGCCAGCUCCGCCCCUCCGGCGGCCGCUCCCAACCAUCAGCACCACCGGUCCCAGCCGUCCCAAUCCCAGUACCCGCCGCACCCCCAGAGCAACAGCAGCCCCAUGCCGCCGCCCAGCAACGGCUCCAGCAUCACCGUGGCGGGCGGGAUCAGCGCGGCGGCCGGGACGGCGGGCGGGGCUGGCGGCGGGCAGGACGGCAGUGUGGGUGGCCCGGUGCGCCUGUUGACGGCUGCGAGUGACGUCAGCAGCAGCGGCAGCGACCUGCAGGCUGUCAUCGCGACUGCUAAUGCCGCUGCGGCGGCCAACGCCGCUAGGAAUGCCGCUGGUGGCAUGAGCUACGGCGGCGCGGACGUCAUGGCCAACGGCAGUAACGGCAACAGCGGUAACAACGGCAACACCUCUGGCGGCCAGGCGCUGCUGGGCCCUGUGCGUAGCGACCUGAUGAGCAGCAGCGUGGCCUCCCUGGACCAGCUGCAUGACGGUGCGGCGGAGGAGAUGCCGGUCGCGGCGCUGAUGGCGGGUGGCGGGCUGCUGUACACCUGGGGCGGCGACUCCUCCUGGACGGAGCCGGCGGAGGUGGCGACCAAGCGCGGCGGCGAGCACGUGCCGCCCAAGCGCGACCACCACGGGGGGUGUCUGGGACACGGCGACAAGGAGGGCCGGCUGGUGCCCACGCGCGUGCGCGGGGACCUGGACAGGCUGGGGGUGGUGCAGGUUGCGUGCGGGUGGAGUAUGACCAUCGCGCUGUCGCUGGACGGGCGGGUGUACCAGAUGGGCUCCACCGGGGCGCCCAAGAGCGGCGAGAAGAGCUGCGCGUGGGAGGGGGCGCUGGCGCCCACUCGGGUUGAUGGCAACCUGUUCGGCAUGUUUGUGGAGGAGGUGGCGUGCGGCAUGCACCAUGUGGUGGUGGUGGCCAGCAAGGUGCAGGCGAACGGUCAGAUCCCGGAGGACCAGCGGCGCGUGCGGCUGCUGUCAUGGGGUCGCGGCGCGGAGGGUCAGCUGGGUCUGGACGGCGGCUCGGGCAGCGCCUCCGGGGAGGGCUCGCUGCAACAGCGGGUGGCGGUGGCACAGGUGGACCACAGCCUACCGCAGAUCGUCACCGCUGUGGACGGCAAGCGGGUGCUCCACGUCUCCGCGGGCGGCAACCACACCAUGGCGGUGCUGGAGCACGACCCCCGCACCCGCCGCUCUCACCAAACACCCCUCAUGUCGGCAGCCACGCCGACGCAUCCGUACGGCAACGCAGCCGCCGCCACACCCUCCGCCGGCGGCGGCGGCGGCUUCGCUCGCCCCGCGUCGUACGCCGCUAUGUACCACUCGGCAGCCGGGUCGUCAUCCAUGAUCCUGCGGGAGGGACGCGACGGCGGCGCUGGAAACGGUGGCGGCGGUGGCGGCAUGGGCAGCCUAUUGAGUAUGUCCAGUCCCUUCCAGCUCACGAACUCCCUUCCCAUCACCGCAGCAGCCGCAGCCCUGCAGCAAAUGGUGGCCAGCAGCGUGGGCGGCACGCGGGGUAAGCCCUCGCUUGCCGGCAGCGACAGCUCCCGAACGACCCAUGGGACGGCGCGGCGCCACCAGAGCAGCCGACUGGUGGCCAUCCCGGUGGCGCCCUCGCAGUCCUCCUCUGCUCGCGUAGAGCACUCGCACCACCAUCACCACCACCCUCGUUCCGACCUGCGACGCAGUGCCACUCGGUUGCAGCACUCGGGGGGCCAGGCCGGGGGCGCCAGUGGGCCCGCCCCGGGGCUGCCCAAGUCCGCAUCUAUGAGCGCGCAUCUGGGCAAGGUCCUGGACCCCGCCGCCAGCGUGAGCAGCAGCAUCAUGAGCCACCGCUCCAGCCAGCCGCUGGCCAAGGGAGACGAGGGGGACAGCAGGUCCGUCAGCCCCACCAGCAGCUCCCUGUACGACAUGGGCAGCACGACAGGCGACUUCCACAGCCAAGGCAACCUAGCUCGCCACGCAAUGCAGCCCCAGGCGGCGCGCUUCGCUCCACCCCAUGCUAACGCCACCUCCCUGCGAGGUGCCGCCGGCGCCGCCGCCGCUUCAGCCGCCGCGUCUGGCGCUGCUGCAGGCGCGGUAGCAGUGCCGGCAUCAGGGCAUCCGGGCCGUGCGGGUUCCAUCUCUUCCGCAGCUGGUGGGGUCGUUAUGAACGGGGGUGUGGGGGGUGGCGCAGUGCGGCAUGGGGGGGCAGCAGCUGGCGGCAGUGGCGCAGCAGGGGAGUACUCGCUGGGCGGUCACAGUGCGGCGGCCACAGAGACGGAUGGUGACACGGAUUCGUACUUCCAGGGCGGACGCAGCCUCGACAUGGUUCCGGAGCAGAGCGAGGAGUCCCCCAGUUCCCCCGCCUGCCGCCUCAGCCGCCACUCGCACCUUGUGGCGGGCAGCACCGCGCACCCGCCGCACCCCGCAGCUACCACCGCAGCAGCAGCAGCACCACCACCACCCCACCCACAGCACCUUCUGGGGCUGGCUGGAGGGGCCGGGGCGGGGGCCAUGGAGUCCCCACCGCCGCCCCCGGCUGGCAUGGCGGGGGUGCACGCACACCCGCGUGUGGCGCUGCUGUCACGCAGCGGCGGGGGCGGUGGUGGUACGGCAGGAGGCGGCGGCGGCAUGGGGAAUGCGGAGUUGCUGCGGGCGUCCGUGUCUACCAUGGAUUCGUCGUACACUGGCGCCAGCAGCAGCGGCAUGUCGCCGUCCGGAAUGGGCACGCCGAGUCCAGGUGUCCCAGGAGGGCCCUACAUCCUGCCCGACGAGCCCGUCCUGUCAUCCCCACCGCCACCACCACCACAGCCGCCUUUACAGCACAUGCCGUACACGUCUGAGCACAUGCAGCAACAACAGCAGCAGCCGCUGGCACCAGGAGCCGCAACGGCACCGGCAGCAGCUGCGGCAGGACCGUCCUUCUCGCGUGCUCCGCAGGAUAUGUUGCAGAGCGCACGUAACUCCCAGGCUCACAUGUCAGCGGUCGCGCCGCCUUCCGGGGCCUAUAAUGUACGUUCCAGAGAGAUCAGCAUCUCCGUCUGGGCUCAGCAACCGCAGUCGUCAGCACCCAACUCUGCCACCGCAACGGCGGCAGCUGCAGCCGUCGCUGCCGGCGGGGUUGGCGGCGUUGAUGGCCUCGCACCUGCCCUGCAGCACCGGGGAGGCAGCAAUGACAUGGGCGGCAGGGCUAGUGGCGGCGUGCGCGGUGGGGGUGGCGGCGGAUCGAACCGCGGGUCACGGGGUCAUUCUCGUACGACGUCGUACGACAGCAUUGACAUGGGGUCUGCACGCGAGGCAGCCGACGCCCACCACUUGCACCAGCGCCCCGGCAGCAUCGCUGCCAUUGAUACAACGGCCCUUCCAGCGACCGCUGCUGGCGUGCCUCUCACGCCAUCGCGCAUUACCUCCUCCAUUUCUCUGCAGCCGCCGCCGCCACCGCCGCCGCCUUCCAUCGCCGCUCCCGAGGCGACCAACGCAGCGUUGAGGCAGCAGAACGAGUACCUGCAGCAGCAGGUGGAGGCGCUGCGUCAGCACCUGGCAUUGGUAGCGCAGGCAGCAGGACUGGGGGCCGCGGCCGGGGCGCCCGCUGGAGGGCUGGGAUACCCGCCGCCACUACCGCCGGCGGCGGCGGCGGCUUCGGCGGCACCGCAGACGUCAGGCGCUGCGGGGCUCCACACCACGCUGCAUCCGGGCCCCGGCGGGGCGGCAGCCGCUGCAGCGGCGGCGGGCUUCACGGGAUCCGGCAGCGGGACGCCAACUGCGGGAGCCGCGGUCGCGGGUGCAGACGGUGGGCUGAUGGUCCUCAUGUCACCCAACGCCGGCGUUGGCGGUGUAUUGCCGCCGCCGCCGCUUCCGCCACAGCCACCGGGCAUGCAGCACCUGCACCAUACCUCCAGCGUCACGCUUCCAACGUCCACGUCUGGUGGGUCGACGGCCUCCUACAUACAGCAACAGCAGCAGCAGCAUGCGUUGCCUGCAGCGCCGCCGCCACCGUCGCCGCAGGGGCAUGGGCUGCCUCCGCUGGGCCCCAGCGGGGGCGGGCGCGGCUCCGUAAGUUCGGCUGUGGUGCACGGAGCGGCGGCCGAUAGGGGCCAGGUUCCCGGACCUGCCGCACAGCUCGGCACCGUGACCUCAGUGGCGGCGGCGCCGCCAAUACCGAGUGCGGCGGCGGCGGUCGCGGCGCCGGGUCGUCACCGUCGCUCCACAUCCGUCGACUUCAUGUCGCUCAUCGCAACCCGCGACGGCAUAGGGCCCGCUAAGGACUACUUGGCCCCUGCCGUACAGCAACAACAGCAGCUGCUGCAGGUCGGGUCGUCUUCGCGUGCGGCCAGCGGCAGCGGUGGCAGUGGGGGCGGCGGUGGUGGCGGUGGCGGUGCCGGCGGCGGUCAGCUGAUUCGGGACGGGAGCAACCCCAUGGGGCACCACACUGCGCCGUCUGCGCUGGAGUCCCUGCGGCAUGCGCACGCGGGCUUGUCCCUUGCACAAGCGGCGUUGGCGGAAGCCGAUGAAGACGAAGAGGAGGCAACGGAGGAUGAGGAGGAGGACGAGGAGGAGGAGGACGAGGUAGAUGGGGAGGCGGAGGGCGACGUGGGCGCCGCGGAGCUAGAGGAUCCCGACCACGCCAGCGCCGCAUGCUUGCCGCCUCCGCCCGUGGCGGUGGCGGCAGCAAUGUCACUCGCGACCCAGGGGUCGGUGCGGCGGCAGGCUUACGUCACACAGCGGCAGCAGCUGCAAGCACGCACAGCAGGGCCGCACGGAUAUGAGGUGCACCCGUCCGACCCACGGGUCCAUCCCGGCUCCUCCGCUAUCCCGGUCGACGCCAGGGACUAUUUCUCCUCCAGCUCCUCCCUGUGUAGCAGCGACGACCCCGCAGCUGUGGCCGAGCCGCUGGAUGCGGCAGUGACACAGGGCCGCAACAGCAGCAGCCGUCGCAAUGCGGCCGUCCAAGCCAUGCAACAGCCCCAGCAGUAUCCGCAACACCACCCUCAGCAGCAGCCGCAACAGCAACAGCAGCAGCACGUUAAUCAUCAUUACCAGCAGCACCCCCAGCAGCCCCAGCAGCAUGCAGUGGGUGGUGGUGGCAGCAGCUUGGUUGGGCAACAGCACGCGGGAGCGCCGCCCGCGGGAGGGGAGUCCGUCGUGAGGCAAUAUGCACAGGGCGUCUACAUCACGCUGCGGCCGCCCCAGCAGCCGGGGGGCCGAGUGGAGCUGUGCAAGCUGCGCUUCAGUCGCCGCAUCUUCAGCCAGCAGGAGGCGCAGCAGUGGUGGGCGGCGCACAAGGCAGAGCUGUACGACCAGUAUUACGUCACCGCUUCUGUGGGUGGGGGUGGCGGCACGUCCCGUACCACCACUCCCUCCGCCUUCCCGACCUCCCCCGCGACCGCCGCGCAGCCACCGCCCGCCAGCCACAAUACCUCCAUGCAACACCAGCACCAUCAGCACCAGCACCAGCACUCGGCUCCAUCUGGCUCGCAGCUAUCCAGCCUAGCUGCCACAGCAACUGCCCCGCUCAUGGUGUCCCAUACCCGCGGUCCAAGUGUAGACACCCAAGGCACCAGCGUGGGCAGCGGCGGCAAUCAUUUCCAACUCGCGGCAACCUCCAGCGCUAGCCCUGUACAUGGCCACGCUGGAAAGGGCGGUAGCGGUGGAUCAGCGGCGGGCUACCCCCUCGGACCUGCACAUGACAGCGUCGGCGGAGGCGGUCGCGGCUCUUCAGCUUCCGCGGUCGCCUACUGGCCGGCGAACGCCGUAGCGCCGCCUAGCGGCGGUGAUCCUUACGCGAGUUGGGCGGACCAAACAUAUGACGACGCGGCUUCGUUAGCAGCGGCGCAAUCGCUGUUGCUCGCCGCGGGGUUGGGGGGCGCCGGGUCAGCGGCGGCGGCCGCGGCUGCAGCUGCCUCUAGGCAUAAACGCUCACGAAGCGGCAGUCGCAACGCCAGCGGCGGCGCCGGUGUCGGUGCGGCCGGGCCGUCCGCCCUGCCGCCUCAGCUCCUCACGCAGCAGCUGCUGCCGCCGCCUCCGCAGCACCUACAGCAGCAGCCGCUGCAGCAGCACUUUCCUCAGCAGCCGCAGCAGCAAUGGGCGGCGCCUCGUGAAGGGGCAGCGCUGAUGUCUUCACAACGUGUUGGCUUGCAUGCUGGAACUGUGGCAGCAGCGCCGGGACUGGGCAGUGUUAGCAGCGCUGCUGCUGGGGCGGCUGCAGCGGCAGCCGUCCUGAACACGUUGCACAAGCGCUCGAGGUCUAGCGAGGCCGCGUCUGUUCUCUCCGUUCCAUCAACCCGCUCCUGAGGCGCCUGCUUUCCUGUGCGGCGUUUCUUCGUUUGUCGGCCAGAUAUGUGCAGGUAGCUACCUAACUGCGGAGCAUUGGAAUAGAAAACCGACGAGGAAG